AUGAACAAAGCCGGCGUGGUAAAUAGCAUGGAGGCACCCGGUCUAGCCGGUCUCCCACGCCGCUCUGGCAAAAAGCCGAUAAUCGCCGCCGUCAACGGUAUCUGUAUGGGCGGCGGAUUCGAGAUGGUCGCCAACUGCGACAUGGUCCUAGCUUCUGCAUCAGCCAUCUUCGCCUUACCAGAAGUGAAGCGCGGAAUAGUGCCCGUGGCCGGAUGUCUGCCCCGAUUAACUCGGACUAUUGGCCUACAGCGGACUAUGGAUCUAGUCCUCACUGGCAGGAACGUGACGGCUCAAACACUUUUCGAAUGGGGACUUGUGUCCCGAGUCAUUGACUUGAAUGACGAUGUGGUCCACGCUGCAGUGCAAGUGGCUGAAGAAAUGUGCAGAAACAGUCCAGACGCGCUGAUUGUUGGUCGACAGGCAAUCCGGCUGAGCUGGGAGACUAAUAGUGUGGAGGAAGCUGUGUCGGCCGUAGCCGCUGAGUCGUAUCCCAGCUUGGUGGCUGGGUCCAACUUUGCCGAGGGUAUUCAGGCGUUUGUGGAAAAGAGAUCGCCAGUUUGGGUGAACUCGAAGCUGUAA